AUUCACAAGUUCACGUGCGUUUGUAUGUACAAUGUUUUUAUUUGAUUUCAAACUCGAAACAUGUCCAUAUUUGAAUGUCAUCGAGUUUUCGUGGAUUUGCGUUAUUAGCACAAAUUAAAGACUUGACUAGCUGGUGAAAACACUAGUUAAUUCCAUCGGAAAUUCGGUCAGCUUUCGGAGAAAUUUCAUAAUUUUGUUUUCUUUUUUUUGCAAAGCACUUCCAUCAGAUUGAGUUCGACAAUAGUGUUAAUCAUUGGUGAUUGAUAAAUGGAUGAAAGUAUUUAUAUAUUAUGAAACUAGUUUGUGUUUGCGGUGUAGACAAACAAAGUAUGAUCAUCAUACGUUCUGCUCAGACCGAUAUAUCAAAAAUAUUUAACUAGUCCUUCAGUUUAAUUGUUCGUCAGUACAGUCCAAUAAAGAACAUGGAUAGAAUUCGAGUGGAUGGUGCGAACGGGAUACGCUUUUCGACGCGAAAAAUCUUUUCGUCAGGAAGUGGAAUAUCACCGUUCAAUGGAGGAGCAUUUACAACAAGUAACACUGCAUCUGCUUCGGAGUCAAUGUUCCGCAUUCCGAAAACGGAUAUUAAUCCAAAUAAAGCAGUUUUCACAAUUGAUUCAAAAUCCUCUAACAUUCUUAUUGUAAAUAACAAAGCAUGCCAGCUGCUAGAUUAUCGCCCAUGCGAAUUAUGUGAUAUGAAAUUUUCAUCGUUGCUAACGAACAAAACAAACAAGAGCUAUGUAUCAGCAUUGGCAGAGGGUCAGCUCAAUAGUGAGGAUGGCACAAUGGUGUUAUUGAGUGGAAAAGUUGUUGAAAUGUCAACAAAAAGUGGAUUGAAAGUAGCUGUGAGCCUUUGGAUUCGACAAAUCGAUGCGGAUGGCCGUUGUUUGGCAGUCGCUGAACCAGUGGAGCGUCGAAUCGCUCAGAUUGUUGUGGACAAGAAUGGAAAAAUUAUGUCCAUUGAUAAUGAAACACUUCUGCUAUUCCAAAUUGACAUAGAAGAUGAAUUGUUUGGUUCCGACAUCAAAAAUUUCAUUCCAGCCAUUCAAUUGCCUAAUGCGGACAGUUCAUCUAACCACAAUAACAAAACAAUGUACAAACAAAAGGCAACGGGUAAAACAAGAGAUAAUUUAAGCUUUCCACUCUGUCUAAUGAUAACGCCGCAGAAUGAUGGGGCCGCUGCUACUACUACUGCUGAAACAACAAGUUCUUCGGAACUCAAUGCGGUAGAUGCAACCAAUUCGUAUGUGAUAACCAUCUGGGUCUUUCAAAAUAUCAGUGGCUUAGUCGUAAUCGAUGAAAGUGGUUCAAUCGAAUUGUGUAAUCACCACUUUUCGAUGCUUAUGUUUGGCUAUGCACAGUCAAAAAUAACCCGACUACAUAUAACAAAUCUUAUUCCGCAUUUUGCACAGGAUCUGGAAUAUUUGAGCAUUGGCGAAUGGCACUACAACAGCCGAAGCCGUAAUGUAACAUUUUCUUCAUUGGAUAACGAGUCGGAGACAGAAACAGACCCAGUUUACUACGAGGCAGAAUCAUUUUACGCAACACCAGUUGGUACGACCGCAUCGGAUCGCAGCAAGUCAAUUAACGAAAAUGAAAACUCCAUUUAUGAGAUGUCCAGCACGGUGCAGCCUCAUCAAAUCAAAACAGCAAUAAGCGAACCGAUUCAAAUACACCUGGACAGUGUGCAAUCAUCAUUCGAUGGUGACGAUGUAAUGAAAAACGACAUAGGAAAAGGCAAACCACUUGCGGCAACAAAGACUUGUAGUGUUGGAAAAUCGUUUUCUGAUAACACGUUAUUCCAAAUGGAGAGCAUUCCGAAUGUUAACUGCAGCGGCACCAAAAGGAACCAUUGUCAAUUGGAUAAUUUCAAAGUGUACGAAACACAACCAACCGUAACUAUUGAGACAAUAUCAGUUCAACGUCAAGCUAAGACCAGUGAUAAAGAAGAUGAGACGAGUAUCUGUGAUGCAAACGAACUAUUAACGCCAGUAAACGAAACCAUUGUAUCUGAGUCAUAUUUGCUAGAGUCAGAAACAUCUGAUGGUGUACAUUGCCGAAACGAUUUAAGUGAAAUUGAUAUUUCAACAACCGAACUAUCGUCUAGUCAGCAGGCAAGGGAAAAAUCACAUCACUCAUUGGUUAAAAUAGAAAAAAGAAACCAAGUAUUGUCGUCGUCGUCGAAAACUGCGACCAAGUCGAACAGUCGGCAGAACAUAUUUCCCGAUGGAAAAUACAAAGGAAAGGCAAUUCAUUGCGACGGCAAUGUGUUUAAUGUAUUGUACACGAUUUCUAGCCAAGAGCUGCCGUGUGGCCGAAAAGUAUUCUGUGUUUGGAUCUGCCGUGACGAAUCCGACCUCGAUGACGAAGAAGAGGAGGAUGAUGGCAAGCAUCCGAAUUUAACGUUAACAUUUAAUAGUAUUACGAGCAACAUUGAAACAUCUGUGGAUGGUGGUUGUGGUGGUGGUGGUGGUGGUGGACCAACGGCCAGUACAGCGGCCAAAAGAAAUUCAAUGAAUGUAAAUGCCAAUCAAUCAAGUCGACCGAAUUCAGUGUCACUGCUAUCUCAAUACGAAGAUGAACAGGUUUCUGGCGAGUACAAUAAAUAUUACACAAAUUUGAAGCAGAUUGGAAAGGGUGCUUUUGGCUAUGUAAAAUUAUCGUUUCGACAUACGGACAGACUGCUUGUUGUGACCAAAUUCAUUCUAAAAGAUAAAUUACCGCCACAAUUUAUGGUGAUUGCCGAUGAUAAAAAGGAAAUCCCAAUGGAAGUAUAUCUUUUAUCAACAUUAAAACAUCCAAAUAUUGUGACCGUACUCGAUGUUUUCGAAAAUGAGAAAUUCUUCCAACUAGUCAUGGAAAAGCAUGGCUCUGGUAUGGACUUAUUCGAGUUUAUAGACAGACGACCACUUAUCGAUGAACAAUUGGGCUCGUACAUAUUUCGUCAAAUCGUGAAUGCCAUCGAUUAUUUGCAUUCGUUGAAAAUCUUGCAUCGCGACAUUAAGGACGAGAAUAUAAUCAUCGAUCAAUACUUCCAUGUGAAAUUAAUUGAUUUUGGUUCGGCGACAUUCAUGGAAGAAGGAAAGCUAUUUUCAACAUUUUAUGGAACAACAGAAUACUGUUCGCCCGAAGUAUUAGCAGGAAAUAAGUAUGCUGGUCCCGAACUGGAGAUCUGGGCACUCGGUAUCACUUUGUUUGUUUUAAUUUUCUUUGAAAAUCCAUUCAUUGAUAUCGAGGAGACGCUUCACUCUGAACUACAUUUACCUCACAAUGUUAGUGUAGCUUUGGUAAAGACGUUGACAUCAAUGCUCGAUAAAAAUCCUAAAACGCGGUACACAAUGAAACAACUAGUAUCCGAUCCGUGGGUCACACAAGAAUUGGGGCAGUGUAACUUCAAUUUUAGUUGGAUAGUGCCGUGUGAAAAUCACGAGUCAAACCCCGAUAAAUACUUUACCGGCCAAAUAUACUCUAGUGCUACCGGACUUUCAACUACAUCACCCACAUCGUUAGCUGAUGAAGAAGAUUCUAUCAUAGAUGAUGACAUCGAAGACGAAGAACUGUGUGAAGAAGCAUGUAGCUUGCAACUACAUCAGGAAUUCGAUUAUCGUAAAUGUCGCAAAUCGAACGAAGUGUUUGAGCCAAAAGACAAUACUGUCGAAAUACAAGCAUCACCAAUGGAUGCAUCAUCGGCGAAUGUCGGCGACCUACCAAUAACCAUGGCAAAUGCAACGAUCAUUAAUGCUACAACGAAUACAGGUAAAGCAACACCAAAAAUUUUAUCGCCACUUGUCACCACCACUAACACCAUCACCAACUGCAAACGUAAUCCAAUGGCACACGGUCAUCAGCAAUUGGACGCAUCAAAAAAGCCAACUAACCAAUGCAAAUGCAAUUGCUCUGCUACCGCACAAAAUAAAAGAGUGAAUGCAAAUUCAUGUGAUCUAAAUCAUUGCAUACAGAAUGAAAGUUUUAGUUGUGAUUCAAUAAGCAAAUCAUAUUUUGUUCCUAUAGCCGAUCCAUAUUAUGAAACUGAUGAAGACGAAGAUGAUGAUGACGAUGAUGAUGACGAUGAUGAUGACGAUGAUGCUCUUAAAUUAAGAAUUAGAGCUACUCGAUCGCCCAAACCGUUGUCACCACUGUCAUCAUCGUUGUUGGUAGCCGAUACAAAUCAAAGACUCAAUGCGACUAGUGCAACAACAACAAUAACAACAAUAACACCAACAUCGGGUUCGUCAAAUGGAGCCAUCAGUCCAAUAAUUUCGCUUUCAAAAUCUGAAACCAAUAUUGCCGAAUCCAAUAUCGAAGAGAACCGAAAUCAAUUUAGCAUAUACAAUGUGGUUAGCCUAAAUAAUUUACAUGACACACAAUUCCAAACUUUCAAUCUCUCCAAGAGUCAGUGUUUUACGGGCUCCGAUGAUGAAAAGAUUAAGACAUUACCGUGUCCCAACGUUUUAACUACGGUUACUGUAUCAAUGCGAAAUGCAGCCGAUGUUUCAGAUAAAGUGUUUUGAAACACUUUUGUAAUAUUUUGCUGGACUUUGGUACUGAACUGGUAAAAAUCACGUAAAUAAGAAUUCAGAAGAAGUAUAUAAAAACGCUUAUAAAAAUAGGAACAAUUGAAUUGGUAAACGUCGAAAAUGUCAAGUUGUUGUUCCUUUUUGGAAUAAUUACUGCUUCAUAUGAUCAGAACACGUGAUGUGAACACAUGACCCGCUCUAUUGGUAUUCCGUAUUAACUUCUGUUCAAAUCUCUUAGACAGCAGAAACAAAAUUCAAUGCACUGAAAAAUAUAUAAUCUCAUAUUUUUACCACGAAAAAAAAAUCUAAUAAGAAAUUUUUAAUACAGUUCAAUUUCAAUUUCA